CCUGCUGAAUAAAAUGCCCACUGCUUAUAUAGCAUACUUCGGGUAGGUUUUCGAAGAAUUGAGUUCAUAGAAUGCUAUUUAUAUCCAGGCUACAUGUAUUCAAUAUCUCAGUUUAAAAAUAUUUUUCACCUCAGAUUCCGAUAUUUACAAUACCGACGUUACUUAAUAGCAAACAGAGAUGCAGCCUGGUAACGCAAUUUUAGUUCUGUUCUUGAGUUGUGUCGUGUUUCUCCCUCCUACUCGUUCAUCAUCACAAGCAGAUCUUGGGUUAUGCUCGCAGGUUUACUUGAUGCAUCAAUAUUGCACGAGUCAAAAAAUCAACAAUAUACCUGAAGAUGAUUUUGUGAGCAGUCGUAGCGGGGCUCGAGUGGGUAAAGCAGGGCCUCCUGGGCCGCCAGGACGGCGGGGAGAAGCAGCAGUGAUAAACUACACAAAGAUUUUUGCUAAAAUGGAACAAAAGUUUGAAGAUCUUAAAUUGGAGUUUGAUAAAAAAUCAUUGAUGUAUGACGAGAUGGCUGAGCAAACAAAGAGGAAUCAGAUUUUGAUUGAAGAACUUCAAAAAAAUAUGAUUCAAACAACAAUCGUAGAUUGCCAAACCGUGAAGCCUGAAUACGCAAAAUCAACUGAUGAAAAAGGAGGGGUGUACGAUAUUUUCAGAAAUAACAAACGUUACGAAGUAUAUUGCGAUCUUACUACGGAUGAUGGAGGAUGGAUCGUGUUUCAGCGUCGUCAAGAUGGAUCGGAAAAUUUUUACAGAACAUGGCAUGACUACGCUAAAGGAUUCGGAAACAAAACAGGAGAAUUUUGGUUAGGUCUAGACGCUUUGCAUGCAUUGACGCUUAACGGAGAAUACGAAUUGCGAAUUGAUCUUUUGGAUAAAGAAGGUAACACAGCAUACGCCAAAUACAGCACUUUUUCUGUCGGAGGUAAAUCUACCAAUUACGCGAUGAAUGUAGGAGGUUACAGUGGGUCUGCUGGAGAUUCUAUGGCGUACCAUAAUGGAAUGCCUUUUUCAACACGAGAUCAAGAUAACGACAAAUGGAGUUUGCAUUGCGCAGAUUUCACAAGAGGUGGAUGGUGGUUUAAAAGCUGUAUGCAUUCUCAUUUAAAUGGAAACUACAACGGAGAGGGCGAUAGUAGAGCCGGUCCUGCUGGGUUGUACUGGCAUCACUGGAAAGGCUCCGGUCACUCCCUUGGAGGUACUGAAAUGAUGUUUCGUAAAAGUGACUAGCCUAGCGAUGACUAGCGAUUGAAACAUCUCGAAACAGAUAUUUCAACUUCAUCGAAUCGGUCUCAGCAAAUAUAAUGUUUAGUUUUAUGGUAUAAUUAUCACAGGUGUAUAGAGAAGAUGUUUUCAGACAAGAUGGAAAUAAUUUUGCGAGAACGGGCUUUUACGCGAAUGAUGAUGCGCAAAUAAUAAUUUACAUAUAUAUCAAAAUUUUGAUAAAGUU